AUGAAUAGUGUGUUUAAGUGUAGACAACAUAACUAAGUGGCUAUAUACAUUAAUGUCAAGCCUUUAGCCAAAGAACCUGUUCUUUUGUGUUAGAGAUGCAUUUUAUCUAAAAAUUACACAGCUAAAUUAUUGGAAGAAUUUUUGUUAUAAGCUUAACCUAUAUUGGGUUAAUAUUUGUCAUAAGAUAUCCUUGAUUUUGGGUUUAAUAAAAAGCAAUUCGAAGAUUCAGUAGAAAAAUUGAGAAUAUUUUUAAAUGAGACAUUUAAAACUAGGAUUAAUUCAUUUGUAUAAAAGUUAAAAUUUCAAUUUGAAGAAUAAAAAUAAAUACUUCAAUAAAUAAAAAAUUAAAUUAUACGCUACUAAAAAUGUGGUCAAAAUUAAACAUUUCUUUUAGAUGAUCAAAUUGAAGAUUAAUUAAGAUAUUAUUUAAAUAAUUAAAAAUCAAAAAAUCCAAAGUAAAAAUAGAUUGAUUACUUAUAUGGUUAAUUAUGUUAGACAGCUACAUAACCUCCAUUUAUAAAUAUUCCUCAGAUAUAGGAUGACUUCCAUGAAAUUUUAGACUAAUUUGAAGAGAAGAUUAAACUGUCUAAGUAAUUGGAAUAUCCCAAUUACAAAAUUUCUAUAUUUUCGCCCGAAGAAGCAUAAAACAUUGAUAUUGAUGAUUUCAACAUUUCUAAAACUUUAGUGUCAAAUAAUUAUUACCCAUAACUCACUACUUUAACAGAUUCAAUAGAGAAAAUAGAAUUGAUUAUAGAUAAACCAAUAGAUUUGAUUGGUUUUAGCAAGUAUUAACAAUUAAAAGAACUGUACAUACGAUUUGAAAAAUGUAAUGAAGGAAUCACUAAAUAAAUAAUGAUUCCUAAUCUUUAAAAAUUGUCAUUGGAUUUAAAAGGGAAUAAAUUAAAUAAGAUUGAUUAGUUAUUUAUUCCAGAUACAAUUAUUGAUUUUUCUUUGGAUUUAUCUCUCAAUUGUUUAGAUGAAAAUAGCAUUUAUUAUGUUGGUAAAAUUUACAUAUUAUAAAUUUGUAGGAUAAACAAUUGAUAAUUUAAAGUUACAACGUUUGUCUCUUAAUUUUAAUGGUUUUAGUUAAUAUCGUAAUACUAUUUGGAGUACAGGUAUUAUUUACAAUUAACAUAAUUUAAGGUUUAAUUUAAUUAUGCAGAAAUUUGUUUUCUUAACAAUUGAAAAUUUUGCAUUUAGGUUGUGGUAGAUGCAAUAUUAAUGAUGUUGGUAUUGAGUUUGGUAUUAUCAAAUUAUUAAGUAAAUAAAGAUAAUUAGAAGAAUUGAAGUUGGAUUUGUUUUCAAAUGAAAUUACAAAAUUAGGGGAUUUAGCUAAAGUAAAAAUUUAUUCAUCAGAAUUAGGCUGUAAACUCACUUAAAUAAGUGAAAGUAAACGCUAAUCAAAAUCCAUUAUAAGACUAUUUGCACCUUGAUCCACUUAUUUUUUCUACUUUAAACUGUGAAUAAUUUAAGAGUAUUAAAAAAAAUGAAUAAUCAUGAUAAUUAUAAAUUGCCUUCUUUAACAAAUUCAGAAUAGUCAAUUUAAAACCAUUUCAAAUAAUUCUCUUAACCUGUAAGAGAAACAUGGUAUUAAAAAAACUCAAUAGAAAAUUACUCUUCCAACUAGAUUGAUAUAAAUGAUCUACCUAAUUUUGAGAUUACUUCUCCUGAUAAAUAACAAUCUAAUUCCCAAUUUGAUCAUGAAUUUCCUCCAUUAGAUUGUUCAUUUAAAUAGGAGAAAUUAAGUUUUCAAUACAAAUAACAGUAACAAGAUCAAUAAUAAAAUAUAGAAUAUUCUUAUAAAAAAAACACUAAUAAAGGCUCUGAAUAAUAUCAUAUUGAUAAUUAACCUUAAUAAUUGUUUUAAUAAGAAUCUUCAUAAUUUUUUUAGAUUUAAACAGAUCCAAAAUAAAAACCUAAUUUUUUGUAUUUAAAUUAAGAAUAAAUAUCCCCUUAAAAAAGUCGUUAAAUUAAUUAUGCUAAACCUUAAAAAGAAUUAACAGCUUCAAGCUAAAAAGUACAAUACAAAUCAACUUCUAAAACACCCUAAAAAAAGCAAAAUCAUUAAGAUUCAUAAAAUAAUUUGAAGUAUAUUAUUUUAGAGACUAAUAUUUCCUCAAAUAAAAAGAAAUUUAUUUGUUAAAAUCCUGCCCCAAGUUAUAUUAUUUUAGAUUUUACUGAUAAAGAAAAUCCAAAAUCCUUAUCGAAAUAAACAAUGCAAGUACAACUUAGUUUGAAAGAUUUAAUGUUUUGA